GCUCAAUACUCCGCUAGCAGUCAUACUCAAAUAUGUAAGUAUCAGCGACCUGCUAGAGCCUCUCAGCAGCAUCUCAGCAGCGCACGUUGGAUCUCUACAUCCCUCGGGUGCGCCGGAGAGCUUCAUGUGGAAGGCCAGGCGAUCGAGAUAAACAGAAGGCAGUGCUUUCUUCGGCACUUGCUGGGAAAUGUUACAAAGCUCGGAGCGCACUGGUGUUGCGGCAAGAUAUGCGUGGUGACGGGGGAAAGAGGGGAUGAAGCAGGGCGCAGACUAGCAGAAGCAAAGAGCAGGAGCAGGAAAAACGCAACUACAGGCGCAAGUAGGCAACAGGACCGUGUCGAGCGCAUGAUGACUGCCUUCCAUUGCAUCAGCGCCCCAAUCACUCGCAUAAGAAAGCGUUUGCUGACAACCCCACGUUACUUUCUCGCCACACUCAGUGCCCAACAUGGCAUCCGUUUCUAACAAGAUCCUGCGCACAGCCGGCGCACCCGCGGUCAGCCCUUCCGAGACCGAGACCACCGUGGCUCAAGCUCUGCUCGACCUCGAGAGCAAUGUCCCCGAGCUCAAGGCAGAAUUGAGACCUUUGCAGAUCAGCGCUGCCAAGGAGGUUGAUGUGAAGGGGGGAAAGAAGGCCAUCGUCAUCUUUGUGCCUGUGCCCCAGCUCAAGGCAUUCCACAAGAUCCAGCAGAGGCUGACCCGUGAGCUCGAGAAGAAGUUCUCCGACCGCCACGUCAUCUUCGUCGGCCAAAGGCGCGUGCUGGCCAAGCCCGGCCGCAACUCUCGCGCCAAGCAACCCCGUCCCCGUUCCCGCACUCUCACCGCCGUUCACGAGAGCAUCUUGGAAGACCUCGUCUUCCCCACAGAGAUCACCGGCAAGCGUGUGCGCGUUGCUACGGAUGGAAACAAGCUGAUCAAGUGCUUCUUGGACUCGAAGGAUGCUACCAGUCUGGAGUACAAGCUGGACAGCUUCUCCAGCGUCUACAGGAAGCUUACAGGAAAGGAGGUCACUUUCAUGUUCAAGGACGCCGAUGGCGCGUAAAGGUCUUUUCCGCCCAACUCUCGUCUCCGUCACGCAAUCCAUGUCGCGCAACAAUCACAUGCCAACGAGCUUGAAUCUGAUCCGCUCUCGACUCAGCGUGAUGGCGGACAUUCUUCACCUCACACAUCCAAAAAAUCGAGCACUGUGGGCGUAAUCUCGAGCGCGCAUUCAUGGGGCUCAUCAAGCAUGCAGGCUUUUGCCUGCUCUUCUACUUGUAGUAUCAGCAUCAAAUCAUAUGCCUUUCUCUCCGACCC